GGAAAACGGUUUUUUAGAAAAUCACCAGUCUUUCAAAUUAGAAUCAGAGAGAAAGCCGGUGCGGUACUCGCUAACGCAGAGAAGUCUGAGGCGGUGGCAGCGACGGAGAUAGGUGGACAGAGAAAGAGAAAAAGAAAAUAAAGAAAACAAUCAAACAGCCUGUGUUUAUGUUUUAUAAACAAAAUAAAGGUUACAAAUUUCAAGGUUUGAUUGGAGAUUGUGUAAAUAUCAAAAACCAAAAAGGGAAAAACAAAAACAAGCCCUUUAAGAUUUCAUAUAUAUUUUCUAGCAUUUUUAGUGAUUAUUAAUUUAUCAUUAUGCUUUAUCCUCUUUCUUUAGCUGUAUUUAGGCAAAAGUCAAGAGAAAUGCCGUUGAAAAGCUUUGUUCGGGAGAUAGGAAAUAUGUCAAAGAAAUUUACCAAGAAGGAAAAACAUGAAUGUAGGAGGGGAGGAGCCUAUAUUGCUCCCGAUUCUUCACCAUUAUCAUCAACAGCUGGUUCUUCAACUGCAUUAACGGAACACGGACGAUGGGCUAAUUUACCUCCUGAAUUACUUUUAGAUAUAAUUCAAAGAGUGGAAGCAAGGGAAACAUGUUGGCCUGGAAGGGGAGAUGUGGUUGCUUGUGCUUCUGUUUGCAGAUCCUGGAGACAAAUCACUAAAGAGGUUGUUAAAACCCCUGAACAAUGUGGCUUCUUAACUUUCCCCAUCUCUUUAAAGCAGCCUGGAUCAAGGGAUACUCCGAUUGAAUGCUUUAUUCAGAGGGAAAAGGCAACUUCAACAUAUCGAUUAUAUAUGGGUCUCAGUCCUGCUCUCUCGGGUAAUUUGAAUAAGCUGUUACUGGUUGCUAAAAAAGUUAGAAGGGCUACCUGUACUGAUUUUGUGAUAUCAUUAGUUGGCAAUGAUUUCUCUAGAUCAAGCAACAACUAUGUUGGAAAACUCAAAUCUAAUUUCAUGGGAACCAAGUUCAACAUUUUUGACAGUCAACCUCCGAAAGACUCUCUGGUCCAAUCCACUAAUCGAUCCCUUCAGAAAACUCAUUCGAGACAGGUGUCUCCAAGGAAACCUAUGUUUAUCACAGCCAAAAUCUCUUAUGAGCUCAAUGUUCUUCGGACCAGAGGUCCGAGGAGAAUGAAGUGUGAUAUGUACUCGAUCCCUGCCUCUGCAAUCGGACAAGGAGGGACCGCUCCUACUCCAACGGCGUUCACAAAUUGCAAUGAUGAGGCACAACUUGGGUUCAAAACUCUGAAAUCGGCACAAAAUGUACCCCUAGUAUUGAGAAAUAAAGCUCCUAGAUGGCAUGAACAGUUGCAGUGUUGGUGCCUAAAUUUUAAAGGACGAGUUACAGUAGCUUCCGUAAAGAAUUUCCAGCUGGUGGCCGCAGCAGAGCCAAGCCAAAAUGUUGCAGUACCGGAACAAGAGAAAGUGAUUCUGCAAUUCGGCAAGAUCGGUAAGGACAUUUUCACCAUGGAUUAUCGUUACCCACUCUCAGCUUUACAAGCAUUUGCAAUCAGCUUAAGCAGCUUUGACACAAAACCUGUUUGUGAAUAGCAAUUCUCGUGUUCCCUCUGUUGGCAUAAUCAUGGUAGUGUUCAUUCACUACAGUCUGGUUGUAAAUAUUUUGUUUGGAAGCACUUUACGCUUUGCCAUUUUCGUCGGCAGCAGCAUUCGCACCCUGCAUGCUUCGUAUAAAAUCGCACCAAAACUGCUUUUGUUUUACCAUAGUAAUAUAACAUGGAAAUACAAAAGGAAAUGAAGAGCAUGGUCAGUAGUAUAUUUUGUAAUAGACUCGCUUGUACAUUUUGUUUAAGAGAAGCAAUAUUAUAUAUAUAUAUAUAUUUAUACUUUUUCAAAAUUUGUAGAACCUUUAAUAAUUUUUUAAAGAAUUUGCUGAUGUAGCAAUAUGUUCUAC